CUCACACACACCGCCUUUCCUCUCCCGCCGAUAUCAUCAACACUUCACCACCUCGCACCCCUCUCCAUCCCUUUCUACAAGUCUUCCUUCAGUCUUCUCGUCCCAAGCGAAGCAAAGCACUCGGUAGCAUACCUAUUCAACCCACUCCCCUCCCUGCAUUCGUCUGAGCCCUCCAUUGCAAAGACUCUCAGAACUCCACAAUGGCUCUCAAGCGAAUCAACAAGGAGCUCGCCGAUCUGGGUCGCGACCCUCCCUCCUCUUGCAGCGCUGGACCUACUGGAGACAACAUGUUCCAGUGGCAAGCGACGAUCAUGGGGCCCGGUGACUCUCCUUUCUCUGGCGGGGUCUUUUUCCUCAACAUCACUUUCCCCACCGACUACCCCUUCAAGCCGCCCAAGGUAUCGUUCCAGACCAAGAUCUACCACCCCAAUAUCAACUCGAACGGAUCCAUCUGCCUUGACAUCCUGAGAGAUCAGUGGAGCCCGGCAUUGACCAUCUCAAAGGUGCUACUGUCAAUCUGUUCUAUGCUGACAGACCCGAAUCCGGAUGAUCCGCUGGUGCCAGAGGUCGCUCAUCUGUACAAGACGGACCGUGCCAGGUAUGAGAGCACUGCACGGGAGUGGACUAGGAAGUACGCUAUGUGAUUUCGGCUUCUGAUAGACCGUGUCAUCUGAUGGUGUGCCGAGAUGAGGAGGAGACCAACGGGGGAUCGCCUUGACACGCAAGAUCAGGGGAAUAGGACUUUUGCGAUGGUACCAAUGACAUCCACUUCUACUGCUCUCACGUCUUCGAUGGAUGGUCCACUGCAUUUGCGUUCCUGUUCUGCCUUGUCAACAGCGGUUUUUCGAGGAGUGGGGCGCGCUAGGACUUCCAGAAUCAUUCAUACAGCUUCCUUCUCGCCAGCCACGAUGCCUGAAUGUGAUGACGUCUUCAGAUUAAGCUACAUCUU